UGCCCACACUGCCUGCAUGAAAAUAUAGGAAAAGCAGGUGUGGAUUGGUGGCCAGCUGAGCUGAGGCACAGUCCUCAAGCAGCAAAAAUUCCAGCAUCAUCUGCACCAUGUCACCAUCCAAUAUGCAGGCAAUAUCAUGGUAUAAAAAAGCUCAUCCAGUGAGCUAACGAAGCACUUCCCUCUCCGGAAAGGCACUUACACAGCAAGAUGGGCUACAGCUACACACCAUUGUGGAUGAUGCUUCAGAAGCCUCUAUCUACCUAUCUCCUUCCAUAACAAAGUUGCUAUAAAAUAGCUUAGAGUCCAGAGCUCCAUAUGAGUCUCAUGGAUGUAGCAGAACAGUAGGUAGCAGUGAAACUGUUUCAAGAAAGACUGGAGGGGAGAUGGAGAGGCUACCUGCCAUGCACCUGGCAGUGGUUGCCCUGGCCUUGUGCUGCUGCCUCAUCCAUGCAUCAAGUGCUGGCGAUACUUCAUUUACUCCUGGAACAGGCUUGAGGGUGAUGCAGGAUGCAAGAGCCGCUCCGGCUUCCGCCGGCGCAGACGAUCAGGUGGUCGUCGCCGGAGAAGCGGAGGCUGUCGACGUCGUCAGCGAGAGGAUGGAGCUGGAACUGCAGGACUACCCGGGCUCCGGCGCCAACGACAGGCACUCGCCGUGGGGGCAGGAGCGGAGGAACUGAGCUUGCAGCGCGAGCUCCAUUGCUGCUUCUUCAGAGAUUCAGACUCGCCACAACUACCAGUGCCGCACAACUGUACUAUCUUUACUAUAAUAUUUGAUGUUAUGAACGAGAGGGCUUGCUAAUUUUGAAGGAGAAUAAAUUAGUAAAUGAGCAUCGCCUGGUUAGUUGUUUC